AUGGCGCCAGUUCCGCACUAUGUCAAGUCGGUUGCACUGAAGAACUCGACGUCGCACCCUGUCAAAGUGACUGCCACCUUUGGCUCGGACGAGUUUGAAGCUGAGGGCAAGGCCAAGAUCCACGAGACGCGCGAGCUCGCGCCUGGUGCAGAAGCGAAACUCGACGAGCGCGAGUACGACAUGGGCGGCUGGACGGCCGUGGCCGGGCUCUACUCGCUGCAAGUCGAGCACUCGACUGACCAUCACGUGCUAGGCAAGACCUUGUACACGCCCAGCGUUGGGGGCAUUGUGGACGUGCUGCACGUGGACAUUGGCGCAGACGAGGACGCCAAGAGCUUCAAGGUCGCAGCUGUGCGUGAGGCCUGA